AUGCCAUCCCUCUUCAAAAAGCGACUGAGCUGCUUCUACUGCGGCGUUCGAUCUGCUCAGUCGCAGUCCGACUCCCUCCGUAAGUGGCAGUGUCAACAUUGCCUGGCAGUGAACUACCUUGACGAGCAUGGCGAAAUCACCGAUCCCCCGGUUAUCGAAGCUUCCUCGGGCAGUCGAUACACACAAUACGCACAACCACUCCCCAGAGCAAAUUCUCUUGAAAUCGCAGUGCCAGACUCGUCGCUGUUUUGUUCAACGUGUUUGAAAAACCAGCAUCUCCUCACCCAGACUCUUGCUUCAUACCUACCGUCGCCGUCGCAUCCUGACUAUGAAGUCUAUGAAGUGUCAUACCCCGCGUACCGGAAGAGUCUAGAGGAGCGCUACCCUCAAGUCUGCGAGUCCUGCGAGCCCAAGGUGCGCGAUCGCAUCCGACAAGCUGGAUAUGCGGCGAAGUCGGACCACCUGAUGCGGAUGAUGGAGAAAAGCCGGGCUUUCCGACAUACUCGCCAGGCGAAUCGCUGGAGCUGGAGGAGCAUGAUAGUUUUCGCUGGUGCUGUUUGCUUCUGGGCUAGCGUUGCUGGUCAACUUGCCUGGAACCUCAUGGGGACAAUGGUUGCUGGCAACGCCCCUCAGAACUUGGAAUCCGAUCUGUCAUUAAGGCUGGUUCCAUUUUGUGUUGACAGGCUCUGGAAGCAUCAACCGCUUUUCGGCGAAUGUUCUUCAGUUCUGACGCCAGUUGCAGGACUGGCUUUGUCCCUAGCGAUACUAUCAAUUUGGUGGAAUCCGAAACUUAGGCUUAAGGUGGAUGGGAGAGGUGGACGAUUGACUGGACUGGGCGAGUAUUACAAGGCCCAAAUCGUUGUUCUUGUGAUCAGAUUUGUCGCUUGGGCUAGUUUACAGGACCCUUCAAUCACUGGCCUCAAUCCCAAAAUUGCUCCUGCUAUCCAUGGUUUCAUGGGCAUUUUUACUGUAAUUUCUGUGAUCGUGUCGAGACGGGUUAUCAAAAAUGAUACCACUCCGCUUAUCUCAUGGAAGGAGGACGAUAAACCUCUACUACCCCAGAAACCAAGAGAGGAGCAUUCAACCCAGUUACAGCUUGCGAGCUCGCCGGACUCUCAGACCUCGUUUCUUAAUUCACAGGCUAGCUUACAUCGGUUCCCGGUUAAUAGGCUUUCACCGGCUACACCAACUGCCCCGGAGCCAUCUAUUCCGCCGUCCCCCCAGACAGAUAUCGUUGAUGACGCCGAUGCGAUGGACUGGACACCAUCUCAACAAUCAUUGCAAUUAAGCGUUGCCCCCAAACCUAUUCCAGUUCAACAACAAAAUAAAUUGCCGUCAGCCCAAAAGCCACCUUUGGGAUUACCGAGCCCGGGCGCAGUCCAGUCCAUUCUCAAAGCCCUAGGACAUAAACCUAAUCCAUUCCAUAAUGCCCCAGUUUUACAACCAAAAUUAUCAGCCAGCAAGGAGAGCAAAGCUGUAUCGUCGUUGGAAACUAUUAUGGCUCCUCCAAAGUUUUUCCCUCCCAGUGAUUUUGCAAAUGAUACAGGUCUGGAGAGCCUCUUCGACAAAGCCUUUUCGAUUAGAGAUGAACCAGUAGAUUUACAGAGGCAACAAUGGGCUGUUAGGUCAAAAGAGCACCCCGGCAGUUCCUUUCAAAUUCUGAAAUGGGUGUUGCUUGCAAUUUCCGUCUUUAUUUUCCUUGUUGCAGAAGUGUUUAAAUGGCCCAGAAACUCUGUCGAAACCGCAAUCCUAGGAAUCUCAUUUCUUGUUGCGGGCUUCUCCCUCCUUGAGUCUCUUAUGAGGCCCCUAACUACCGGGAAUGCAGUCAACCUAAUCCUAUCAAUUAUCGAACUGAUUGUGUGCAUCUAUCUAGCCACUUAUCGCUACCAGGGUCUAUAUAAUCAGUACAAAUUUGACGCUGCAGAAAAAUCGAUUGUGGCUUUCAUGAUAGGACAGGAAGUGAGGGCCCAGGACUCAUUCUCUCAACGAAAUACAAAACAGUCACCUCAAAAUUCGACGAAGCAACCACCUCUGGACAAAAAAUCAUCACAGCAAACCUGCCAAUUAACCCAACCUCAAUCUCAAACAUACGAAGACCCUCACAAAAAAGCACCCAGUUUCCCGUCCUCCAGCCAACAAACGCUCAUUUCAUCUGUGACCCACCCUGGCAUCAAACCGAAUCCCGGUCUCGGAGGCGGACACACCACACCAUCUACCACCAUCGCCACCAUCAAUAACAACAGCAACAGCUUUAUGAACAGCUUCAACGAUUCUACGCAGUACCACCACAAGGCUCUCACCGAACACAAUCAUAAACCCUCCUAUAGUCAUUCUACAUCUCUCUCCAGCGACCCAACAGCAACCCAUCCAGCCCCUUACACCUCAAUUCCCCGCCAACAACCCUUUGUCUCCUCCUUUCCCUCCUUCCCGUCCUUCAACUCUACCCUUCCGGACAGCCUCCGUUUUUCACCACCCUCAACCACCACAUCUACUGCCUCCAUCAGCUAUGCAUCAGAUACUGCCUCUGAAUCCCCUAGCCCUCGGCAGAAAUAUACAUCUCUCCCUCCUCCCUCUCCGGGCAGGCGCCUCCCCAGCCCAGGAAUUAGUCGGUUGACUCUGGAAGAUGAUCCGUGGUUGCAAGGGCAACAACAAACGCAAACUCCCGUACGGCUACAAGAACAAGUGCAAGCGCAAUCACGGCCGACACGGUAUGCGUUGCGGUCGCGUCGGGCUUGA